AUAAAAAAAGAGAGGUGGUGGAAGGGAGUGAGAGAUGGGCAGGGAGGUAUAAAACGAGGGAGGGAGUCGUGUAAGAGAGGCAGCAGCCAUCGAGAUCAUCAUCCUCUCCUCUGCCAGCCUCAUCAUGUUCGUGCUGCAGAUGUUGACUCUUAUUUCCCUGACUCUUCUCCUCCUGGCAUCUGUGCAGGGUAAAGGUGUGCAGAUGCAGCGGGACGUGCAGUGCUGCAUGCUGUACUCCCAGGGCAAGGUGCGCACCAAGGACGUGCUGCGCUUCGAGGUGCAGACGGAAGGACCAGACUGCAGCAUACAAGCCAUCAUCCUUUACACCAAAAAGGCGGUGAAGUGUGCCGACCCCCGGGACCGUAAAGUGAAGAGGUUGCUGAGAAAGCUGUUGCAGAGACAGAGAACCAAGGCCCAUCGAACAAUGUGGCUUCUUCCUCACGACAACCUGCCCGUCAUGACUGAGGAGAGAAAAGACAACUGGGCCAUUCUUAACACGGAGUGAUUGCAAAACUGUCAAAUAUGGAGGACAAGAAAUAGUCAUAGGCCAAGUAAACUCUCUUAAAAGCAGAGUUAGUGGACUUCUCCGGAUGUCUCGUGUCUCUACUAUAUAACCAACUAUCCGUCUCCAGUGGACCAGACCUGGGCAGCAAUAUCUAUUUAACCCUUGUAUUAUGUUGGGAAAAAAUGACAUUGAAUAUGUUGCGGGUCGUUUUGACCCGUAGUGUGUAAAUGCACUCAAAACAGUCAAGAAAACACGUUAAACCGAUAACAAUUUUAUUUUAGGUUGUAUAAACAUUUAGAAAAGUGACAUACAAUACAUUUUUUAUUCCAAUUGUAUUAUGUUAAGGGUCAAUUUGACCCAUUUCAGUUUUUGUGUUGAUCAAAGUACUGGUUAUCCUUUCUUUUUUCUUGCUGAAAUCUGGUGACUUUUCCUCAUCUAGGGUCAUGAACAGGUGUGUAAAUCUGGACACUUUGUUGUGUAGUGGAAUGUUUGUGCAGAGUUUGUAUAAAAAGAUGAUGUUGCGGGUCAUUUUGACCCAGGCGGUUUAAUGUGGGUAAAUAGCUGUUCGGAUCCAAAAAUAAACAUGUCUCCUUGAUGUACUUUUUACUUUGAUAUACAAUUGUUUGUAUUUUGAUUGCCUCUGAGACCCAGAGCCAGGUGUGUGAAGAGAGGGAACUUUCUCACACUUGUCCUUGUCUCCCCAGAUGUCAUCCUUCUGGAGCUCAUUUUUGGUGAUUUUGUCAAAGAGAUGACAUGAGACCAGUGACAAGGGGCGGCAUGGCGUAGUGGGUAGAGCGGCCGUGCCAGAAACCUGAGGGUUGCAGGUUCGCUUCCCACCUAUUAACAUCCAAAAUUGCUGCCGUUGUGUCCUUGGGCAGGACACUUCACCCUUUGCCCCCGGUGCCGCUCACACCGGUGAAUGAAUGAUGAGUGAAUGUUUGGUGGUGGUCGGAGGGGCCGUAGGCGCAAACUGGCAGCCACGCUUCCGUCAGUCUACCCCAGGGCAGCUGUGGCUACAGAUGUAGCUUACCACCACCAGGUGUGAAUGAAUGAUGGGUUCCCACUGCUCUGUGAGCGCUUUGAGUAUCUAACAAUAGGAAAGCGCGAUAUAAAUCUAAUCCAUUAUUAUUAUUAUUAUUAAUGACAAGUGUGAGAAAGUUCCCACUCUUCACACACCUGGCUCUGGGUCUCAGAAGCAAUCAAAAUACAAACAAUUGUACAUCAAAGUAAAAAGUACAUCAAAGAGACUUGUUUAUUUUGGCUAUUUACCCACAUUAAAGUAUCUGGGUCAAAAUGACCCGCAACAUCAUCUUUGUAUACAAACUCUGCAAGACAUUCCGCUACACAACAAAGUGUCCAGAUUUUACACACCAGUUCGCGACCCUCGAUGAGGAAAAGUCAGCAGAUUUCAGCAAGAAAAAGAAAGGAUCACCAGUACUUUGAUCAACACAAAAACUGAAAUGGGUCAAAUUGACCCUCAACAUAAUAGAAGGGUUAAACAGCUUUACAUAUUUCACAACAAGAGCGAGGGAUUGAAAGUCGCCAAAGGAGUGAGGAGGAUUUUGUUUUUGUUUUCCAUGUAAGAUAAGUUGUGGAUGUAAAAUGGCUCUUAACUGUUAUUUGCCGGAAGUGUCUCCCCAAUCUCUCUUCUGGCUAAUCUGUGGAAAUGUGACGUUUUUUUAAAAGUAUCAAAUGAGCGGUGAUUUAAAUAUUGUCUUCGUGCGUGUUUUUUUGUGCUGGUUUGUAAACUUCGCUCACACGCUCAAAGUAGUUCAGGUUUUUUGGAGGCGGCGCGGAAUUUAGGGGACCUUUUUUUUGUAUGAAUUGAAUGAACUUGCACCUUGUUUCGUACAAUCCAGGUUUCAGAGCUCGGACUUUGACCUCCUGUUUGUGACUGUUACGCCACAUAGAGCAGGGGUGUCCAAACUUUUUCCCCCACUGAGGGACGCACGUUGAAAAAUGAACGCAUGCGGGCGACAUUUUGUCAUUUUCCAUUUCCAAAACCGACACAAUAUUUAUUACAACGAUUAAGGCUCCUCUCGAUUUAAAGCGUUAAAAAACAAGUUAUAUGUAUAUUUUUUUAUAUUUGUUUUACUUUCAACGCUAAAAUAUUUAUAAAUCCACUUGAGAUGUAUUUGUUGAUAUAAAAUAUAUAUAUUUUUUGGUAUGUUUUAUGCUCUUUUUGUCAAAGAAACCCCAUUUUUGAAGGCCAAACACAAAAUGUGCAAUAUCUUCCACCAAACAAUUUUCUAAAUUGAAUAUUUGAUGUGAAGUAAUUGGAGCCUCACAUAAGAAAAUAAUUCAUGACAUUUCUUUUGCUUAAUUAUUAUUUUUUGAACAAUAAAACGAAUGAAAAUGUAUAUGGGUGUGUGUGUGUGUAUAUAUAUACACACACCUUUAAAAAAUAUAUUAUGGCUGUCAAUUACAAUUUCUUUAAGCUCACAUAUUGGAAUUUGGAUUAAUCAUGAUUAAUCGCAGGUGAUUAAUUGCUUGUUUAAUUAAAAUCUGCUUGAGAAAAAAACCCAAUAUUUGUACAAAAAUGCGAUUAUGUUGUCAGAAUUUUUUUUGUUUUACUUUCAACGAUAACAUAUUUAUAAAUCAACUUAUGAUCUAUUCGUUGAUAUAAAAUGUUAUUUUUUUUUGUAUGUUUUAUGCUCUUUUUUUGUCAAAGAAAACCCAUUUUUUAAGGGCCAAACACAUAAUGUGCAAUAUCUUCCAGCAAAACAAUUUUCUAAAUUGAAUAUUUGAUGUGAAGUAAUUGGAGCCUCGCAUAAGAAAAUAAUUCAUAACAUUGCUAUAUAUAUAUAUAUAUAUAUACACAUACAUACCUUAAAAAAAUAUAUUACGGCUGUCAAUUACAAUUUCUUUAAGCUCACAUAUUGGAAUUUAGAUUAAUCAUGAUUAAUCGCAGGUGAUUAAUUGCUUGUAUAAUUAAAAUCUGCUUGAGAAAAGACCCCAAUAUUUGUACAAAAAUGCAAUUAUGUUGUCAUAAUUUUUUUUUGUUUACUUUCAACGAUAAAAUAUUUAUAAAUAAACUUAUGAUCUAUUCGUUGAUAUAAAAUGUUAAUUUUUUUUGUAUGUUUUAUGCUCUUUUUUUUGUCAAAGAAAACCCAUUUUUGAAGGCCAAACACAAAAUGUGCAAUAUCUUCCACCAAAACAAUUUUUUAAAUUAAAUAUUUGAUGUGAAGUAAUUGGAGCCUCACAUAAGAAAAUAAUUCAUAACAACAUUUCUAUAUAUGUAUAUAUAUAUAUAUACAUACAUACUUUAAAAAAAAAUAUUACGGCUGUCAAUUACAAUUUCUUUAAGCUCACAUAUUGGAAUUUGGAUUAAUCAUGAUUAAUCGCAGGUGAUUAUUUGCUUGUAUAAUUAAAAUCUGCUUGAGAAAAAACCCCAAUAUUUGUACAAAAAUGCAAUUAUGUUGUCAGAAUUUUUUUUGUUUUACUUUCAACGAUAAAAUAUUUAUAAAUCAACAUAUGAUAUAUUCAGAUCUAUUCGUUGAUAUAAAAUGUUUUUUUUUUGUAUGUUUUAUGCUCUUUUUUAUCAAAGAAAACCCAUUUUUUUGAAGGCCAAACACAAAAUGUGCAAUAUCUUCCCCCAAAACAAUUUUCUAAAUUUAAUAUUUGAUGUGAAGUAACUGGAGCCGUACAUAAGUAAAUAUUUCAUAACAUUGCUUUUGCUUAAUUGUUAUUUUCGAACAAUGAAUCUUUAAGAAAAAUCGGACAAAUAAAAGGUAUGUUGAUCCAAAAUUCUGCCACUCAUAAAAGUAUUAAACAUAAGUCAUAUAAUAAUAUAUGUUAUCUUUACUUAAACCUCUAGUUCAGUGAUUCUCAAACUAUUUUGACCAAGUAUCACCAUAAUGACCAACAUUAAAAUACAGUAGCCUAGUAGGCUGGAAUAUUAAUUAAAAACAAAGUAGGGGUUUUAUUUAACAACUACAAAUAUUUAUUAUUUUGGCCACCGUAACAUCACACACAGUUUGAACGGUAACACUGUGUUGGAAUAUUUAAUUAAGUCAUUCUUUGUCGUUCCACUUGACGGAGCCUACUUACCCUAACAAAGUUUGAGAAUCACUGCUCUACAUCAACUCCAAAUCUAUCCGCCAACGAUAUGUUUUUAUUCAUUUUUGAACAGCGCCAGUUUUAAUGUAAAAAAUAUAAAAUAAAAUUGCCUGCAUUGUGACGGUUGGCUGGCAUUGUUGUGCGGGUUUGUUCUCUCGAAUGAUGCAGUCGGACUUGGACACAGCGUAAAGGUAAGAAAAGUAUGAUUUAUUAAUACUAACAAAACAAACUAAGAACUUGCACAAGGCAGUAAAGGCAAAACAAACAACUAGCAUGGGAGCUAGAAAGAAAAAAAAACGCUAGCAUGUGAGCUAGGGAACAAACAGAGUAGCGCGGAAGCUAACAAGUACAAGAAAUAGAUCUUUACCACAAUUGGGAAGGAGUGUUGUCACCUGUUGUACGGAACAGAAACUCUAAUGCGAGAGCGAGUAACGAAAAAGGCAGGCUUAAAUAAGGAGUCAUUACGAAGCAGGUGCGCUUAAAAAACAAGAGGCAGGUGACACUGAUACGUAACUAUGACGACAGAACAAAACAGGAAGUGCCACCAGGAACUAAGGUAGUCAAAUACUAAAACACGAUACAAAGACGGAACAAAAACAGAAUAUGACGUGAUCCAAGUAGCUGAUCAUGACAUGCAUUGUAGUUUUGUGUUGAUCGUGUUAAUAUUGCAAUAUUUUCUCGUUACAUUUUCUUUCACUUAUGUUUUGUUUUUUUUAUUGUAUUUUUUACACGUGUUGUGGGACUUUAGAAAAUUAACUGCGGGCUGAAAGUGGCCCUCGGGCCCCAAUUUGGACACCCCUGACAGAGUAUUAAAAAAUGCAAUGUUCUAUAUUGACUGUUAAUAGCGUGGAGUCUUUGGAAGCAGCUAUUUGGACACGAACACCAACUAUCACAUAGUCGGCCAUUAAUCUAUGCCAAAGUACUCAUCUUGACUCAUCCAUUCAUUUCUGAGGCUGUGACGAGGCUGUUAAACAUUCUGAGUAUUGGACAACAACACACUAUAUGUCAACUCUUUUAUAAAAUAACCUGAAAUAAU